UUAGAGAGUUCAGUCUGCACACAGCAGCAGCUAACACUUAGUCUGUGUCUGUCUUUCUGCCCGUGUCUUUCUCUGUCUCUGUCUCUGUCUCUGUCUCUCUCAGGAUGGACCAGUUUCAUUAUGGAUUGAUUAUUGUCUUUCUGCUGCUGAUGGACUGUUUACACUCAGUUUACAUCACCGAAGACUCAGGUUCCCUCCAUCAGGUCCUGUCAGAGUUCAGUGUCGUGCAUCCAAUCAGGACAAAUUCAGAGGGCCGUCUCCUGUCGGCGUCAGUCUCCACCCACCACCUCCACCACCGCAGUAAAAGACAAGCUGACUCCACAGAGGACACGUCCACUGAUGCAACCAAUGGCGGACAGACUCGAACAGACACGGCCACAUCACAACAGUCUCUGCCCAUGCACGAGUCCCUGUCCAAUCAAACAGGACGUAGCUGGAGGGGGAGGGGUGACGGGACUGAGGAGGCAGAGCUUUUCUACAACGUGACAUUGUUCGGUCAGGAGCUUCACCUUCGUCUGCGUCCUAACGCUCGUCUCGUCGCCCCCACCGCCACCAUGGAGUGGUGGGAGGAGUCAGGAAGUAAACACUCUCAGCCAAUAGGAGACACGGACUGUUUGUACACAGGAGAGGUGUCCAACAUGGAGGACACGUCAGUCGCCAUCAGCAACUGUGAUGGACUGGCGGGGUUAAUCCGGACGGGUCAUGAGGAGUUUUUCAUUGAGCCGUUGGAUCGAUGGCAGACAGGAAGAGAGGAAGAGGAGGGGGAGGAGGGAGGAAGACAGCACAUUGUUUAUCGCUCAUCAGCCAUCAUAAAGAAACAACCGUCUGCCAAUCAAACAGCCGACGACUUCAUCAGAGGUCCUCUUUUAGGUCCUCUGAUCCUGGAACAGAACAUCCUGUGGUCCGGAUCCGGAUCAGCUCGACGACGGCGCUACAUUGAAGAGGCUGAACUGUUUAACAUCGAGGUUCUGUUAGCUGUGGAUUAUUCUGUCCUUCUUUUCCACGGCCGAGACCACAUUCAGAAAUAUCUCCUGACACUCAUGAACAUCGUUAAUGAGAUCUAUCAGGAUCAUUCUCUGGGUGCCAACGUCAACAUCGUCCUGGUCAGGAUCAUCAUGUUGUCUCCAUCAAAGUCCCAGGAGCUGAUCUCUGUGGGGAACCCCCAGAAGAGUCUGGAGAAUGUCUGUGGAUGGUCGUAUCUCCAGCACAAGGAGACGAGUCAUGCCGAGCAGCACGACCACACCAUCUACCUGACCAGGCAGGAGUUCGGCCCCUCCGGCAUGCAGGGGUACGCUCCAGUUACAGGAAUGUGUCACUUACAUCGGAGUUGCGUCCUCGUCUUUGAAGAUGGGUUUUCUUCAGCGUUCGUAGCUGCCCACGAAACAGGACACGUGUUAGGGAUGGAGCAUGACGGUGAAGCAAAUGACUGUGCUGACGAUGUGCCGGUGGGCAGCAUCAUGUCUCCGCGGGUUCAAGCCACCUUCCAUCGAUACCACUGGUCCCGCUGCAGCUGGAGGGAGCUGCACCAGUACCUGCAUACCUACGACUGUCUCCGUGACGACCCGUUCCACCAUGAUUGGCCGGCUCAGCCUCAGUUGCCGGGGUUUCAGUACUCCAUGGACCAACAGUGUCGCUUCGACUUCGGACCAGGAUACAGCCUCUGUACUGCAUAUCCGACCCUUGACCCCUGUAAACAGCUGUGGUGCAGCGACUACCACAACCCCUUCUACUGUAAGACCAAGAAAGGUCCACCGCUGGACGGGACAAAGUGUGCACCUGGAAAGCACUGUUUUAAAGGUUUCUGCAUGAAGCUGACCCCCGACAUGCUGAGACAGGACGGCAACUGGGGAUCAUGGAGUCCGUUUGGCGGCUGCUCCAGGUCCUGCGGGGGCGGGGUCAAGUUUCGGGCCCGGCGCUGCGACAGCCCAGCUCCAGCCAACGGGGGGCGCACCUGCUUUGGAAACAACUACGAGUUCCAACUGUGCAACAAAGAAGAGUGUCCGCCGCUGACUGACUUCAGAGAGGAUCAGUGUAACGUCUGGAAUCCGUUCUUGGAACAUGAAGGACACAAACAUCACUGGCUGCCGUACGAACACCCUGACCCUGAUGAGCGUUGUCGUCUGUUCUGUCAGUCCAAGGAGACGGCCGCCGUGGUUUCCAUGAACAGAAUGGUGCAUGAUGGGACGCCGUGUUCAUACGGCGAUGCCCACAGCGUCUGCGUCCGAGGAGAGUGUGAGCAUGUAGGUUGUGAUGGACAAAUAGCGUCGGACCAGCAGGAGGAUCGAUGUGGAGUCUGUGGCGGAGACAACUCCAGCUGUAAAGUCAUCAAAGGAAACUUCACCCGCAGCACCAAGAAACAAGGUUACCUGAAGAUCCUGGAGAUCCCCAAAGGAGCCCGACACUUGCUGAUCCAGGAGUUCAAAGAGACUCCUCACAUCCUGGCCGUGAGGAACCUGGAGACAGGUCACCUCUUCCUCAACGAUGAAGACGUGCUCCCAGAGUCCCGAGUGCUAAUCGAGAAGGGUGUGGCGUGGCAUUACAGCAACAUCGAGGAGCGGGAGUCCAUCCAGACGACAGGGCCUCUGAAAUAUGGAGUCCUGCUCAUGGUCCGUUCCCAUGGCGAGUCCAAGGUGACUGUAUCCUAUAAGUACGUCAUCCAGGAUCGUCUCCGGUCCUCACUGGAGUCCAACCUGGUACAGGAGGAUGCCAUCUUCUACGAGUGGGCACUGAAGAAGUGGUCACACUGCUCCAAACCCUGCGGAGGAGGGAAACAGUACACGAGGUUCGGCUGCAGGAGGAAGGCGGAUGGGAAAAUGGUUCAGAGGACGUACUGCUCCAACAUCAACAAACCAAGGGCCAUCAGCCGCACCUGCAACACUGAGACCUGCAGUCCGCCACGCUGGAUGACCGGGGAGUGGGGGGACUGCAGCGCCACCUGCGGUCAGACGGGGUGGCAGCGUCGUUGGGUGAGCUGCCAGCAGAUGUCUAGCAAGGGGCAGCAGCAGCGCUCAGUCAACAGCAAACUCUGUGGUGAAGACCGACCAGAAGGGAGACGAACCUGCAACCGCCUACCCUGUCCUGCUGCCUGGCGAGCUGGGCCCUGGACCCCGUGUUCAGUGUCGUGUGGAAACGGGACUCAGGAGCGUCAGGUGGCAUGUUUAAGUCCAGAGGGUUCGGCUCGAAACUGCAGCAACCCUCGACCAAUCACAACCCGCACCUGUCAUCCCCCACCUUGUAACGGCGACCAAAAGAACGCCAUCAUUCAGUGGCUGUCCAGGUCCAACCCAGACUUCCCAGCUCCAAAGAUCUCCUCCAGGCAGCGUUGCCGUGGUGACCGCUCAGUGUUUUGUCGGAUGGAGGUGUUGAGUCGGUACUGCUCCAUCGCUGGAUACCGUCAGAUGUGCUGCAAGUCCUGCAGUGAGGUGAACCUCAGCAACUCGCACAACUCCAGCAUCUCUGAUAACUCCAGCACCUCCAGCAACUUCAGCAUCUCUGACAACUCCAGCACCUCCAGCAACUCCAGCAUCUCUGAUAACUCCAGCAACUUAGGCAACUUCAGCUUCUUCAGCAGCACAAUCCUGCCGACCGCCAACAGCAGUUCAUGGAGUUUAACCACAGACGCGAUGACAUCAGCAUCCACCUCCUCCUGGUCUGACAGCAGCUACAUCACAAGUGACAUAAUCACUGACGUCAUCAGCUCGCCACAUCCCAGCUUCACUGUAGCCCCGCCCCCCACUGUCAAGAGCACCACUGACUUUGUGUAUGUGGACUACGAUGAUUACGAUGAUUUUUCGUCCUACGAAGAUCCUUCUAUUUCCUCUGACGCCCCUGACAUCAUCCCAACUACGACUACGACAACGACAACGACAACUACAAGGCGUCCAAGAAAAACGGCCCCACCACAUUUAUUCAAGAAGAAAACUACCUCUCCCACAAUGCCCCCUGUUGCAGUUCCAAUAGCAACAACUGAAGGUUACAGUCCAACCCCGGCACUGAUCAGGACGUCUGCUGUCCCAGAGUUUCCCACAACACCAUCAUUUGAUCCUGAUGUCAUCAACACCACCACAUCAUCACCAAACAGAACAUCAGGGAGACGGAGCCUUCCAACAGAGACUGAACCAACAUCGUCAUCGUCCUCCUUCUUCCCGCUCUCUAAGAAGGAUAACAACUCGGUGGACGAGGUCCCAUACCGGAUCGUGGGAUUGGAUGGUGACAUCACCAGGGGGCAGCAGAACUACUUUGUGCCGCGGAUGCCGCCGGUCCGCGAGCGAACGCAAAACAAACGAAUUCAGCAGCUGCUGAAUGAGAAACGACGGAAGGAUCUUGUGAAGAGACCGAACAGGAGCAGAGAGGGCAGGACUGACAGGAAACACGCUGGAUUAUAGAAACACUUGUUGUUGUUUUCAUUUGUGAUGACGCAUGUGCAGCUUGCUCACUUUCUGCUAAUGCUAACGAACUCUUUAUGAGAAACAGACUGCAGUGCCAACAGACAAACGACUGGAGCUGAUGUUCUACCAGGUUCUCUGGAUUUUAACAGUCAUGUUUGUCAUCAUGUUUUAAACUAUCCUGAAGUCCAGACUUGAUCCUUGAUGGUUUACCUGUCUGAGACCAGAAUGUGGAAACGUCUGCUGGGUUCUUCUUCUGGUGUUCAGUUGUUUUAUGUUCAUGAUGUUUGUACCAAAUUACCCUGUUUCUGAAUAAAGCAAAGUCUCAUC